AAUCCCCACCGAGCCGGCCGGCUGAUCAAAUCUGCGAAGUGUGUUGUGCGAGAGUCGCGUAUAGUGUUUAAGUAUUUAAUUUAUUCCAAUUUGAAAAAUAAAUAUGAGGGAAAUCGUGCACAUCCAGGCCGGCCAGUGCGGCAACCAGAUCGGAGCUAAGUUCUGGGAGAUCAUUUCCGAUGAGCACGGCAUCGACCCCACCGGCGCCUACCAUGGCGACUCGGACCUGCAGUUGGAGCGCAUCAACGUUUACUACAAUGAGGCCUCCGGUGGCAAAUACGUGCCCCGAGCGAUCCUUGUGGAUCUCGAGCCCGGCACCAUGGACUCUGUCCGCUCGGGACCCUUCGGACAGAUCUUCCGCCCCGACAACUUCGUGUUCGGACAGUCGGGUGCUGGCAACAACUGGGCCAAGGGACACUACACCGAGGGCGCUGAACUAGUCGAUUCGGUCCUAGACGUAGUCCGCAAAGAAUCUGAAUCUUGUGACUGCCUCCAAGGAUUCCAGCUCACACACUCCCUCGGUGGUGGUACUGGCUCCGGUAUGGGUACACUUCUCAUCUCAAAAAUCCGUGAAGAGUACCCCGACAGAAUAAUGAACACAUACUCAGUCGUCCCCUCGCCCAAAGUAUCAGACACUGUCGUCGAACCCUACAACGCGACUCUCUCAGUUCACCAGCUCGUAGAAAACACCGACGAAACUUAUUGUAUCGACAACGAGGCUCUAUAUGACAUCUGCUUCCGCACGCUCAAACUAUCUACACCCACCUACGGUGACCUUAACCACUUAGUCUCCCUCACAAUGUCUGGUGUUACCACUUGCCUCAGAUUCCCCGGUCAAUUAAACGCUGAUCUUAGAAAACUGGCUGUCAAUAUGGUGCCCUUCCCCCGUCUCCACUUCUUCAUGCCUGGUUUCGCUCCUCUUACAUCCCGUGGAAGCAGACAAUACCGCGCACUCACCGUGCCCGAGCUCACCCAGCAGAUGUUCGACGCCAAGAACAUGAUGGCUGCCUGCGACCCCCGCCACGGUCGCUACCUCACCGUCGCCGCCAUCUUCCGUGGCCGCAUGUCCAUGAAGGAGGUCGACGAGCAGAUGCUCAACAUCCAGAACAAGAACUCGUCCUACUUCGUGGAAUGGAUCCCCAACAACGUGAAGACCGCCGUGUGCGACAUCCCGCCGCGCGGUCUCAAGAUGGCCGCCACUUUCAUCGGCAACUCGACCGCCAUCCAAGAGCUGUUCAAGCGCAUCUCGGAGCAGUUCACCGCUAUGUUCAGGCGCAAGGCUUUCUUGCAUUGGUACACCGGCGAGGGCAUGGACGAGAUGGAGUUCACGGAGGCGGAGAGCAACAUGAACGACCUGGUGUCCGAGUACCAGCAGUACCAGGAGGCCACCGCCGACGAGGACGCCGAGUUCGACGAGGAGCAGGAGCAAGAGAUGGACGAUCACCAUUAAGCGCUGACCAUUAUACUAGUUGCGCAGCAACAAAAGUACAUGCCAUUAUAUUUCGCGUUACUUUAUUUUUAAGUAACAUUAAUGAUUCCUAUACUGUGAAAUGAAAAGACCUGCUUUCUAACUUUUAACAGAUUGCCCGACUUAACAAACUCCGGUCAUGACAUGAAAGCGUGAAUCGAAAGUAUUCAUAAAUACAUUCCUAAUGAUUCCACCAAGCCUCGUUGAGAGCAAGAUCUGACAUUAUAAAGGCUGAUCUACCAUAGACACUCUUUAUGUAUUUGUGACAAAGUUUGGACAUCUCCAAUAGGCCAAACGUGACAUAAUUAUGACGGCUUCAAUAACCGAAGUUUAUUAUGAUUAAAAUUGUUUUGAACAAUAAUUUAAUGUAUAUAAUAAAGAUUUUUAUUUAUUAA